CUGCCACAAGUCUCCACACGACAGAGAGUCCAAGCACUGGGUAGUCGGUGCAAGGAGGGAAGAAGCAGCAAAGAACCAAAUCCAUCCCAUUCAUCGAAUUCGACGCGAUGGACAUAUGGCAAAAGGCCAAGAUUUUCGCCGAAGAAGCGGCGAAGCGAACCCAAACUAUCGCGUCCCCGGCUAUGAUCGCCGAAGUCUUCUCGGAGACCGCCAAGAAGUCCAUGGAGUUGGCCGCCGAGGCCUCGAAGAAGGCCGAGGGGAUCAGGGCCGUCGCUGAUCAAGGCAUCAAGUCCCUCGCCGAUCAACUCCCCUCGACGCUCUCGCUUGUCGCCUCCGACUCGCAUUCGCCCUCCGAGCUGGAGAAGUUCGGCGUCACCGACGAUCUCAUAGUCUUCGUCAAGGGACUCACCCUGUCCACAUUCCACAAUUUCCCCAUUUCAGAUGGUGUACCGGUAUCUGAUGAUGUGCAAACUGUCUCAAAUGUUCGGCAAGAUCUCACAGAGUGGCAGCAAAGACAUGCUUCACUUGUUCUUGAUUCUGUGAAGGAAAUUUCAAAAUUAAGAUAUGAGCUAUGCCCACGCCAUAUGAAAGAUAGGAGGUUCUGGAGAAUAUAUUUUACACUUGUGAGCACCCAUGUAGCUCCGUAUGAGAAGAAGUAUAUGGAGGAGAUUGAGCUAACCAAAGAGCAAACUGAAAAUGAUACAGUCAAGAAAACUGAUGACCCCCAUGCACCAGUAACGAAGACUACCAACAAGAAUGGCAUUACUUCAACUUCAUCAGCUGAACAGGACAUAGAUACAUUCCUUCUGGGUGAUCUUGACAGUGAUGUUGGUCCAGAUGAUGGCAAUGAACCUUUUGAUGAUGAUUUUGACAAGAUUGACAAUUCGGAUGUUGAAGAUGAAAAGCAGUUGUAGAAGACAGAUUUUGCAUUGACCUUGAGUGUCAGAUGGAACCAUGCUUCACCGUUACAUGGGUUGGUCAUUAUAGAGCAAAGUUGCAGUUUAACUGCGUUGGGGGUGUUGAAAACUUGUUGGCCCUCGGUUUAAGGUGGUUUGUCACGAGGAACCAUGCUAUGCAAGUGUAAUUGCUAAUUUUCUUCCAAUGCUUUAUAUUGUAAUUUAAUGGGCCAUCCUGCCUGUUUCUUGAAACCAGAACGUAUUAUCUUUUUCUUUGUAUAGUUUGUUUUAAUUCAUUUUAAGACAAUUCUGCUUGAGCAGAAUCAAAGGGAUCUUCAUAUUUGAUGCGUACGCAUGUAUUUUCCAAGUUAAUACUGAUGAUGCCAUACGUGCUUGAUGUGUACUA